AUGAGUGGUGAGCUGGUUUGUAUCAUUGUUUUUAUAAACAUCGUAAUGCUACUCAUUCUACUGUUAUUACACUAUGCUUUUACCAUUAUUAAUCGCAGUGCUGCUGGACAGGUAAUGGAUGAGCAGCUUCAGAAAUUUAUUCAAGAUAAUUCCGAUGUUCAAUCGACCGGGUUAAUGGAAUAG